ACCACCGCCAUACCACCAUCUCUCUCUCUCUCAUUCUCUCUCAUUCUCUCUCUACCCCGAGCAAAGAUCGUAUUUGCAUGGCAGCUGGGUUGUUCAGCCACAGAGUCAGCGACCUCUGCCUCGGCAAGCCCGCCCUGAGGUCGCUCCCCGUCGCCGCCACCGUCGGCGAUGCGCUGUCCGCCCUGAGGAGCUCGGAGGACAGCUUCCUCAGCGUCUGGAGCUGCGACCACCGCUCCAAGGCCGCCGCCGCGGCGUCGCACGAAGGAGGAGAGGGAGGGGAGUGCCGCUGCGUGGGGAAGCUGUGCAUGGUGGACGUCAUUUGCUAUCUCUCCACCGAGGACAGCCUGUCGUCUCCUUUGGAGGCCCUGAAAGCGCCCGUCUCCGCGCUUCUGCCGAAGAUCCCGGGUCAAGUCGUGCACGUCGAGCCUUCUUCGAGAUUGGUGGAAGCUAUAGAUCUCAUUCUGCAAGGAGCUCAAAACCUGGUCGUACCGAUUCAAACUAGGUCCACAAGAAGAAAACAGCACCAGAAACUAUCUUCCUCAACGGGUCCUAUCACAGUUCACAAAGGAGAAGAAUUCUGCUGGCUGACUCAAGAAGAUGUGAUCAGGUUCCUCCUCAACUCCAUCGGCAUAUUCUCUCCCAUCCCUGCACGAACCAUCGACACCCUCGGCCUCAUAAGCACCGAAGUCCUCGCGGUCGAUUACCACUCCCCUGCCUCGGCGGCGCUCGAGGCCAUCUCCCGCUCGCUCGUCGAGCAAACCUCGGUAGCCGUGGUGGACGUGGAAGGGGUCUUGAUCGGCGAGAUCUCGCCUUCCACGCUCGCUUGUUGCGAAGAGACGGUCGCAGCCGCCGUGGCGACCCUCUCCUGCGGCGACCUCAUGUCCUACAUCGACUGCGGGGGGCCGCCAGAGGAUCUCGUCCGGGUGGUGAAAGAGAGACUAAAGGAGAGGAAUUGCAGAGGAAUGUUGGAAGAAUUCGAGAUAUCUUCAGCACCAAGUAAUUCGUCGAUGUCCUCGUCGUCGGACGAGGAGAGCUUUUCGUCCCCGAACACCAGAUUGGCAAGAUCAGGGAAGUACAGCAGGUCUCACAGCUACUCAGCUAGGAUGGUGAGGAGGUCAGAGGCGAUAGUCUGUCACCCCAAGAGUUCGUUGAUGGCUGUGAUGAUUCAAGCCAUUGCACACCGUGUGAAUUAUGUGUGGGUCAUUGAGGAUGAUUGUAGCUUGGUGGGGAUUGUCACAUUCUCUAGCAUUUUGGAAGUUUUCAGGGAACAUCUGGAGAAUUUGGAGUAGGGUCUUCCUCGGUUCUCGUCAUUAAUUUGUUUCUCUUUGUUCUGGUUUGUUCUGGUUUACUAUUUCCCAGGUCAGAAUGCUGAAAUUGUGAGUGGGAGGAUGGGAAGAGAAAGAACUGCAAAAAAGAAAAGAAAAAGAAACUACCAAGUGGUGUUCAUAUUGUGCUUUGAGCUUUCUGCCCUUUUCUUUGUUCAAUCCAAGAUCAUGAAGAGGGUCUUUGGCUCGAUGGUUUGAUUAUGUUGCUUUCCCUUUUUCGAAGAAAUUCUUUUAAGCUUUUGGUCUUAUGAUAUUGGAUUUUGAGGUA